AUAACGAGACCUAUUACUCAUUUAGUAAGGCGUGGCAUGGUUUGCCUCUCAAAUGAAAAGUUAGUAAAAAAGUGCAAAAUAACUAAACAUGCAUUCUAACUUUAGUGAAUCAAGAACAUCAAAAAACCGACAUAAAGACAUGGUGUCCCCAAGGGAUAAUAUACGCUCCGCUCAGAACACAUCCGUCCAUAAAGUCAGUGCAAAAGAGAGCGAUUUAGACUGCUUCGACGUGUAUAAUAUAGAGACUGCGUUACCUAAAUUAGAUCUGGAUGCUAUAGAAAAUCACUUGAGAGCAGCGAAAGAAGCAGAAAGGAGGAAACGUAAUGAUAGGGAAGAAAUAAGAAGACGAUUGGCAAUGGGGGCUGAUAAUGACGAAUAUUACAGUAUGGGACAUACAGAACGUCCUGGGAAGAAGCCUAGUUUACAUUCCCGAUUACAGAACGGUAUGAAUCUCCAAAUUUGUUUCAUGAAUGAAACAGCUUCAGAUAAUGAAUCUCAAGCAUCAGACAUAGAAAGAAAUUUGAACUAUAAUAAUAGAAGUUCAUCACGGUCAAGUGUUUUCAGCAAAUCUAGUUAUAAUCAUCCUUAUCAGACAAGGCCAUUGUCUGUAAAUAUUACUAAACAGGACAAAAUAAACACUAUUCAAAAUGGUGCUAAACUGCGUCCAACAUCAUUAUCUAUAAAAUCAAAGUCUCGAUCAUCACAUUCAUUGGGACACAUUGAGCUGAAAGAAUCUGACUUCUAUGCUCUCCAGGCAACACUGCAGACUGAAGCUAGAAUUGCUCUGGCACAAGCAAAGGAGAUGGCUCGAAUACAGAUGGAGCGGGAACGCCGCAGCCGGCCCGUUUCUCCAGUGACAGAGAUGUUACGGCGUAGUAUGGAAAAGGCUAAUGUACCUCUAGCGCCAGACCGCCGUCGGGUGUCACGACAACUCCUCACAGACAUGAACAUCGCGCAGCUACAGGUGAUAGUGAACGAGUUGCACUCGCAGAUCGAGUCGUUGAACGAUUCGUUGGUUAAACUGUUAAUGGCGCGCGACGAACUACACAUGGGACAGGAUUCCAUGCUCGUCGACAUCGAGGAUCUUACACGUUACCUAGGCGUUAAAGAGCAAUCAAAGAAGACCAAAGGCACUACAAAAUCAGGAGUGAGAAGGUUCACCUCGUUGGUGCACAAAUAAGUGCGCAAUGGUAAACUUAUUAAUGCAAAUUAUUUAAAUAUUAGCAAAAUACAGUGUAGAGUGAUUGUUAUUAAGAAUACUACAAAUGAUGCGAUGAAAGACAAUGUUCCAUAGACAUAAAACCCUUUAGAAGUAUUUCAAUGAAAUGAACUUUUAAUCAAUCUCUAAUAUUAACUAAAUAUAGCGUAUGAAUAUACGUAUAAAUUUUUUGAAUAUAAUGUAAAUGUCAUCUCUUCUCGUUUCUUUUAAUAUGGAAUAUUAAUGUUUAGUUUUUCCUCAGUUUUAAAAUUAUGUUGUUUCUAAUGAAUUAAAAAUUAUGCUCUAUGGUCUAUUUUAAUGCAGUCGUUGACGACAAUAUUUCGUAUAUAGUAUCGCCAUCAAGUGAUAUUUAUUUAAUUGGUUUCUUUUUUUACAUGUACUUGUUAAUUAACAAUUACAUCAUUACUCAGCCAUCUUCUUAAAUUUAGAGAAAACCUCACAAGAGUCCAUGUCAUCUUUGUUACAGUAACAUCUUUGCCUUUGUUUAAAGGAUUAUUACCACAAUGAAAAACUUAUACUAAAAUGAUCAGUAUCACUUCAGUAAUAUAAAAUAGUCAUUUAUAUGAUAUUUAAUUGAAAAACGAACCUGACGGACUCAUCUGUUUUUAAUCAUUGAAGUCGAAGGGCUUAUUGUCUUUCUUCGCACUGAUCUUGAGGUGAAUUUCGCUGCUACACUUGUUAAAGUUCUAAAGUACACAAAAAGCGGCAAAUAUGUGUAAAAUAUAUUUAAUAUUGUACCAGUAGAAGAUGUUUCAGUUGUAUACUCUUUUUAAACUUAAAACAAAACUCAAACAUUAACCAGUACGCAGAGAUAAGCAGAGUACAAUUUUAUUGACAAUUUACAAUGACUGGCAAUUGAUUACAUAUUGUAAUCAUAACUUUAUGUAUGAUGGUCGAAUUAAUGAACGAUUAAAAUAGGGAUGAUGACUGGGUAAAAAAAAUGCAAUUCUAUUAAGUCUGUCAGUCAGAUAAUAGAAAAAUAUUAGAUACGUAUUUUUUUUUUACUUCAAUUUAACAAGAAAUAGCUUAGAUAACAGGCAUUAAAGUUGAGGAGUGGGGGCUCGCUACGUCACAGUUGAGUAGAAAACGUACCCUAACGUGAAGUCAUGCGAAAUUUCAACUCCAUGUAACGCCGUAAUUUUAUGAUUACGAAAAAAAUAAAUAAAUACGUGUUUAAUUUUUUUUUAACACUACCUGACGGACAAACAAACAAAAAUAAGUCAUCAUCCCUAUUCGAUUACAACAUGUUAUCUCCAAUCCUGAGUGAAUAUUACUAAAUGUAUCGUUUAUUGUGAUUAUUCCAAUAAUCUCUAAGACUAAGAAAAUUUGCAUUUUAUAAUAUAAAUUGAAAAUUGUCUUUACAUAUAGUUUUUUCUUCUAUUAAAUAUAUCUAUUUAUAGUCAAUGAUUACAUGUUGUAAUAGUAACCAUUGAUCAUUUAUUAAUUAAUCAGAUCAGGAUAAGGCAUUCUUAAAAGUAAUUACUGGAGUUUAAGUAUUAUAUAAUCUUAUUGUACUUUGUAAAUCUCUAGCCGAAGGUAAUAUAAAAUUAUAUAUAAGUAUUUAGACAAUGAAAUAUAAGUCUUCAUGCCUUAUAAUUGUCAUAGACACGGCACGAUGCAUCAACUAUGCGUAAAAUAGUGCAUUGUAUAGAUAUUUUUAAUCUUUCACCGAGACUUACAGAAAUGAUAUUCGUGCAGAUACGUUGCAACUAAAAUAAGUUUUUGAAUAUAAUCUAAACAUAAGAUUUCUCCUAUACUUCGUAAUAUUAAUAUAAUUCCGUCACAAUUCUCUGUCUGUAUAUUUAUAAAAAGAAUAUAAUGUACCAAACAUCUAUAUAUUACAUUGUAUACAUAACUAUUGGAAAAUAUAUUCACAUAUAUAAUGUCCGCUUUAAAUAGUUUAGCCCACCUAGAUAUAAUAAACAUUUUAUGAUUAUUCGCAGAUUAGAAAACAAAAAAAUAUUUUUUCAAACUAGUGCUCAUUGUUAUGUAUAUUAUAGUGAAGUGUGUACAACAUUUGUCAAGUAAAAUAUGAUGUCGUCGGUAUGAUUUUAAAAUGCAGAAAAUCAUUGUUGAGUAUUCGGUAAUGAAGUAAAUAUGUGUAAAUUACAAUAAAUAUGUGUAAAUUGUGAAAGUCGGCGAUAAAUAGUCGAAGAAAAAAAAAUGUGACUAUUUUAUAUUUAUGAGUAUGGCAAUAAAAACGAGAUACUUCAGUCAUUCUAUUUCUUAGAUUCCUUAUUAUUUAUAAAUUGCACGGUAUGUAAAUUGAGCCUAAUUUGACAUAUUUACGUAAAAAAAUGACUAUCAUUAUCAUUGUAUUUAAACGUGCGUUCGACAACUCUUGAUUUCAUAUUGUGUACAUAAAACUUCCUUAUUUUACUUAACAAACGUUAACACGAAACAAAUGAUGUGUCUACUCUUUGAAUAUAAAUUAGAAUUGUACGAAUUAUUACUGUCGUCACACUAAAUCAGUGUUCAAUCAGUCAGGAAGGAAAUAUUUUUAAUUAUUAAAUGUAUCAGAAUAUGCGAUACGAUAUACUAAUUGGAAAAUAUAUAACAUUAUUAUUCAAAGCGAUUUCUAUAAGUUCUUGAAAGUGCAGUAGACGAAGUGGGAUGGUGCUAUACACUAAACAGCGGUGUCUUAUGUUUCUACAUUAUAACGUUUGCGUCGCAAUAAGAGCAGGGCCGAAUUAGGCACGUAGCAAAAAUAGCAAAUGCUACGGGCCCCGCACAUUUGGGAACCUCGAUAUGGUUCACAGCCAAUAAAUUAUUUUUUCAAGUCAAUGUUAAAAAAUGCAUGAAAUAAAAUAUAAAACCUAACUAUGGUUCACAGCCAUUUAAUUAUUUUUUUCAAGUCAAUGUUAAAAAAUGUAUGAAAUAAAAUAUAAAAUUUCUGACUAAACCUUCACAUAUUUUAAAGUAUAAACAUAAAUUGACAAAUAUAACUCAAGUCACAGAUUAAUUGGAUUGUUAUUCGAAAAGAAAAGGGCGACUUUUCUGUUACAGGGGGUCUUUAAAAUUGUUUGUUACGGGCCUCGCUCUGUCUCAAUUCGGCCCUGAAUAAGCGUCCGCACUACGCAGCAUACGAUUCAAUUCCAGACUUCAUGAAGUCGUUACUAUACCUUUAAUAUCCAUGAAUAUUUCCUAUCAAGUAUUUAUAAGUGUGACAGAGUGACUGACAUAAUCGAUCUUAGUCUUCUCAUCCGAGUUUAAAAAAAUAAGCACUGAAGGAAUGCGUUUACUAUAAAAACUAUCAUAUCGCAUCCAUACCAGUCAAACCUGUUAAUUGAGAAUUUUAACAAAAAAAAAAGGAUUUUACCAGUAGAUGCUGCUUGAAAUUUGAUGCUUGAAAAUGACAGUUGACAGGUUUUACUAGCAUAGAUAUGUGAUGACGUCACAAGUUUCGUAUAAUUCUUUUUUUCUGUUUACCGAGUAGAUAUCUGUAGUAUAUUAACUUUAUAAUAAGUAGGCAUGUAGUGAUGCACAUGCCCCAGCAGAGCGACCGCCUAACUCCCUAGCUAUCUAUGACUCUAGCCAUGGGAAUACGACAUCUUAGCAAUGUUAUAGUAAUUUACAAGAACUAAUUAUAAAGAAUUAUGAAUAUGAAUUUGACAAUAUUGUUCCAAACUAAGUCAUUCCAUUCAUAUUUUGUUAAUGAUAUUGACUUCUUAAAGCACCAUAGACUAUCCAAUUUUUAAAUUCUAUGUCAUAUUAAGGUUGCCAUAAACCCGCCAAUCAUUUACUUAUCGAAUCUUUCAUUCAUCCUAAAUUUAUCCACCAAAAGGUAUGGCAAAUAUCGUCCUAACAUUCGCUGAGAUGUUUCCUAUGGCUAGGCGAUCGCACCCCUUAUAGUGUCAUUUGAAGCAUUGAAAUAAAAGUAUUAAAGCCUUUUUUAUUUCGUUUAGCUAUAAUUGAAAUUGAACAUAAGUUUUCUUAUUUAAACUACUUUUUAAAAAUGUUUUAUAGGUUAUUAGCUUUUACAUCCAAGAGGCUCGUUUACAAUGAAUGUAGCUCACUAAACUGAAGUUGAAAUAAAAAUAUUGAGACUAUGUUCUUACAGAAUAUGUGACGAGUAGGAAUGACAGUUGCCCACAGCAGAUUCAUCUUUACUUUUUCUUUUUAAACAUUCCUAAAUAUCGUGUAAAUACAAACGUAUUUUUGAUGAAAUAUGCUUAAAAACCACCAGCCCAAGCCAAGGUGGUAUUGAAACCCAUAAAAUCGCAAUUCGAGUGACUGCUUCAAACAUUGAAGUACCCGAGACCUAAUUUCCUGAACAUUAAUGAAAAUACGCGCAUAAAUAUUCUUCAGUCCUGUUGGGUCCCGGGUAGAUCAAUUUUUAGAAUAAUCGCUCGGAUUAUGAAGACCCCGGAUUGGGUCGAAUCUCAUCUCUGGUUGCCCGUGCUAGUGGAUUUUUUAAGCAUUUUUAUAAAAAUAUGUUUAUCGGUAUAAUAUUGUGAAUGCUAAAUGGAUCGAAUAUUAUAAUUACAAAUAUAAUAUUAAAAGGGGAUCAGCAUAUAGUAUUAUAUUUUUAUGAGUUACAACUAUAUGUAGUUGCCACAGGUUUUGCGCAAGAGUUUAUACCCUACAGUAGAACCUUAGAUUAUACCUAUCAUAUGCUUACAGAAAUACUACCUUCAUAUUAUUAUAGACUAGUAAUUCUAAUCGUAAAAUUAAACAAGAUUAUUCCAGUGAAGUCUUAAAAUAUGCGGCUGCCUUCACAUUUAAGGAGUGAACUCAGUAAAAUCCAAAAGGCCACAUAAAACUGCUACACAAGGACGAAGACGAAACCUUUAAGCACAGCAUAUGGUCACCGUUUGAUUUUUUAAACUGAUACUUCGUGAAAUUCUUUAAAUUUCAUGGUUAGAAUUACUAUACAAAAAAUGAUUAGCAAUAAAUAAGAAACUCGUGUAAAAACAAAACAUCUAUUAACCUUUAUCGCGGCAUUAUCUAUUUGUAUUAAUGGUUAAGCUUUUCUACUAUUAAGGAAAGAUUUUCCUGAAUUAUUUAUAUAUACUUUAUAUACAAAAUAGAUCUUCUUGUCAACCUAUCAUCAUCGUUUCUAUAUAAAUAAUGUACUUAUAAUUUCCAGUACACACGGCUGUACGUCAGACUAUACAUUGUUGACUUUAUACCGACCGCGCUUCGUAUAGAACUGCCCUUUUAACAGAGGUCUGCUUACGGUGGUGGUGUGAAGCGUGAUGUGCGGCCGUGCAUUACAUUUAGCACUUUCUUGUCUGUAUAUAUGGAUUGUUUAGAUCUCUUAAUGUCGCAGUUUCGAAUUUAUUACUUGUAUAUUACUUUAGUAUUGCUAGUGUUGAUUUAAUUACUUUUAUUAUUAGAUUUAAUUUCGAUCUCUUUUCCUACGCUGUUAUUAUUAUAUAUUUUGGAAUAUCAAAACAGGGUCAAAAUUGGUAUUAUAGUUUUUCUUAUCUCUUAUUAUUUAUUUGCUAUUUCGGCGUUCAUAAAUAAAAUGCAGUUUAAUUGCCCUGAGUUGCGACUCAAUCAAGAUUCGAGGCGCAUUAAAAAAAAAUAAUUUCCAUUUAUAUUAGUAAGAAGUUAAUUAAUCUAUAUUUAACGGCGAUAAAAUGUAACAAUUUAUUCAUAAACAUGUAAAAGGCGGCUUGCGUUUGCUUUUGUUUUUCAGUUAUAUUUUACAAUCCUAUUAUGUACUCGGACUGAGCUGAUUGCAUCACGACAUUUAUGCGUGCAGAUAAUCCUUAGUAAGGGAUUUAAUUAUUAUUUGAACUUUUGAAUGCUAUUAAAAUUUGAUUUACUUUUAUCGGCAGUAAUCAUUCGCAACGUAUUUUGCAUUCAAGACUCAAGUAGAUAUCUAUACAGGGAAAUAUUGUUUUCAGUGCAUAAAUUUAUUCGAAUGAUUUAGGGCUAUUAAUAAAUGAUAUUUACGAGGAAAAACUUUUUUUUAAUUUAUUUAUAUAUAACAUAAAGCAGUCGUCUCCGUGUACGGUAGGAAAAAGUAUUUUAAGAAGCAACGUAUUUACCGACUGUUUAGGGAGCCUGUUAUUAUACAUUUUUAAGCAUAUAACAUAAAGCAGUCGUCUCCGUGUACGAUAGGAAAAAGUAUUUUAAGAAACAACGUAUUUACCGACUGUUUAGGGUAAAACAGGAGCCUAUUACUAUACAUUUUUAAGGAGUCUCCCAUACCACAAAACGUGAUACUUUUACGUAUUUUUUUGUAUAGGUUGUGGUAUGGAACCCUUCAUGCACAUUUAGUCGAUAUUUAUCUUCCAUGGUUGCAGAUUAAACAAACAAACAUAGGUAUGUUUCACCGUAAAGAACACAACAUUAAAUUUGGCGCACUGACUACAAUUUUUUCCUGUAUAAUGUCAUUCAUGUCCGACGUGUAUACAGGAGCAGCUGCGUGUUUCGUUCACAAUUUCUGCUUAUGCAGUUCGGUAAUAUUUAAUAAGACAGCCUUCCUGACUAUCUACGAUCGAAAGCUAGCACAUUUAUAAACAUUCGAAGACGAAAUGUGGCUGCGUUGACAUUAUACUUAUAAAUAACGAGAUAUCCUUACGUUUUAUUUUUGCAUUUUGUAUUUUAUUUGUACUACGCGAGCAAGAUUAAUAAGUACAGAUUAACUAUUUAAAGGUGUUAAUUAAUUUGAAAUGUGGUUAAACGGAACUCCUGUCAGCUUUACGUACUUUUUCUUUAACAAAAUGUGAUUGUAACUGUAAUGCUUUGAAUAAGGACGAAAAUGGAAAGUAAUAAUCAAGUUUUAAUAGAUUUCAUUGGUAAUUUAUACCUUCUUUUAUAAUCUGAACCAAAAUUCGUCCUAAUUCGUUUCAUUGAUAAGAGUGAAAUGUUCGUAUGUCGUUAACCGCAGUUGGCGAACGCUUGGCACGCUUGGCAAAUCUUACCGACAUUGUGAUAAAUACUAUUGUACUAUAUUCUAAAUAAAGGGGAAAGUGUUUAAUAAUGCCUUU